AUGCUUUGGCCUACCGUCGACAAUUCGUCACCUUUGUUCAUUCGCCGUAAAAAAACCGCCCCAUCGCGACCACCUCUAGCCUCACAGCCGGCGCCACAUUCAUCUUGCUCUAAAUCAAGCCCGUCGUUACCGGUAUCAUCUAAUUCUGUUUCCCCGUCUGUUCCUAAAGGUAUUUCAGAAGAGAUUAUAUUGCCUGAAAUAGUCACGACAUGUAUCCUCGUCUACUCCUCUUGUCGUGACGGUGAUUUAGCAGGAAGAACCAAGGACCUUACUUUGGAACCCAGCACAGUUGUUCGAAUCCCUCCUCGUUUGAUAUUUGGCUUGUCUACCGGCUGUAUCGUAGUGGCCAGAUUUCUGGACUGUUUGGAGGAGUCUUGGAACCAAGCAUGUUAG